AACUUGAUUGAACUUGCAAAUCAGGAAACUACAAACGCAGUGUGUUAAUGUUUGUCAACAGUUUCAGCAUGUUGCACCAUCGCGCCAUCAGGCCAUGCCAAAGAAGAAUUUCCCGCCCAAGGUGGGCGAUGGCCGAUUUGAGGUGCAGGACAAGUUGGGCGAGGGCUGCUUUGGUGCAGUCUUUCUUGGGAAGGACAAGAAGUCAGACUCUCCAGUGGCAGUGAAGUUCGAGGACUCCCAAUGUGGUGCCCCAGGGAGUUUAGCGAUGGAAAACAGUCUGUUGAAGCAGCUCGGCGAGCCUCAGAGGCCUCAAGGCUUUGCAGAGGUCUUCUUCUUUGGAAAAGUUGGCUCUUUCACUUGCAUGGUCAUGGACCUUCUGGGCAAGUCUUUGGAAGAAUGCAUGGAGGUGUGUCAAGGCAAGAUGGAACCAAGCAGUGUAGUGCUGAUUGCCGAACAAGCCUUGAGACGUAUCGAGUACCUACACUCCAAAGGAGUGGUACAUCGUGAUAUAAAGCCGGAAAACUUUAUGUACGGACGGGGCGGUAAGAUACACCACUUGCACCUCAUCGACUUUGGGCUCAGCGACACCUACUGGGGCAGGCGACAUGUAAGCCAGAGCAAUGGAAACAGCAUGGUGGGAACUGCACGCUACUGCUCCGUGAGCACGCACAAGGGCAUCAACCAGACACGUCGCGAUGACUUGGAGGCCAUUGCGCACAUGUUGAUCUACUUCUUGCGUGGAGCUCUCCCUUGGUCCGGCCUGAAGGGCGCCAAGACCGAGAAGGAGAAGUACGAGAUGAUUGGAAAGAGGAAAGAGUCCUUCCCUUUAGAUGACCUGUGUGCAGGCAUGCCAAAUGCCUUCAAGUUCUUCUUGAGCUACUCACGGUCUCUGCCUUUUCUUGAACGUCCUGACUAUGAACGAUUGUCACACAUCUUUCAGAAGGCCAGGGAGGAGUUGGAAAUCAAGAGCGACCAUGCACUUCAGUGGUUGGAUGAGACCACCAUCAGUUCAGACCUGGUGCCGUUGGAGCCUUACGCCUCGCCAUUGCAGCCUGAUGACAAGGUGAUUGUGGAAGAUUCUCAAGGGAGGUGCUUUCCUUUCCUUUGGAGGCUGCGGUUGGAUGGUGAAGGGUCAACGCCGCCAGCAAAAGAUAGUGAAUGAGCCGUCCCGUUCAAACAAGAAUCUUUUCACUGUAGCUCCACUGGCCAUGCUAGCAGGCUUGCCAGAGAAGAUUGUGG